UCUCCUGUUUACACGGCUUUUAUUAGAGGCUCUAAAAUCAAACUCACCCUUUGGUAAGAAGAAGGAGAAGAAGAAGCCACCACUUAUACACACAAAUGUCUCCUUACACCACCUUUUACACCAUCUGUUAGCUGCUUUUUUUAACCGGGGUCGCAUGGAGUCGGUGCUGCAAAGCUCGCUGAGGUGUUUUGCAGACAAGAGAUCAUCCAGCUAGUGUGAAGCUAGCCUCUGCACGGUGAGGAGGACUACGGACGGACACACAGCAGAAACAAUGGGCCUCAUAUUCGCCAAACUGUGGAGCUUCUUUUGCAAUCAAGAGCACAAGGUGAUCAUCGUCGGACUGGACAACGCAGGGAAAACCACUAUACUCUACCAGUUUCUGAUGAACGAGGUCGUCCACACGUCUCCCACCAUCGGCAGCAACGUGGAGGAGAUCGUGGUGAAGAACACUCACUUCUUAAUGUGGGAUAUAGGAGGACAGGAGUCUCUCAGAUCCUCCUGGAACACCUACUACUCCAAUACAGAGUUCGUCAUCCUGGUGGUGGACAGCACAGACAGAGAGAGGCUGGCCAUCUCCAAAGAGGAGCUCUACAGGAUGUUGGCUCAUGAGGAUCUGAGGAAAGCAGCUGUGUUGAUAUUUGCCAAUAAGCAGGAUAUGAAGGACUGUAUGUCUGCAGCGGAGAUCUCCAAAUACCUCACCCUGAGCUCCAUCAAAGACCACCCCUGGCACAUACAGUCCUGCUGCGCACUUACAGGAGAGGGUUUAUGCCAAGGUCUGGAGUGGAUGACCUCCAGGGCCGGACUAAGAUAGCCCCUCCUGAGCCAUCGAUGGCCUGACUACCUGCACCACCAAACCCGGUGGCACUAGAACAGCUUAUUAAAGGCUUAUUGUUACUUUUUU